UGGUAAGGCUGCGUCGGUCUUUCACUCGGCACAACAAAGGGCAAACCGCCUGCGCGUCAACACGGACUUCAGGGUGAAACUUUUCCACCAGCGUCGUCCGGUUUGCUUGUUGUCCAGAAAAGCUGAAAAGACUCGCGCAGCCCAGCCAGGAGACGCCAAAUUGUCGUAGAAACUAGACAACACUCGCAGACUCGUCCUCUGAAGGUAAAAAGGUUUAUUACAGAAAGAUGGUUAAUACAGGAUAGAAUAAAGCAGGAUAGAAUAAUGAGAGCACUCUUAAGUGCUUGUGCUGAACCACUACUAUAUAUAUGAAACGCAGAGCAUGACACAGUUCUGUGUCCCGAUAAGAAGCAGUUUGAGGCAGUUCGAACAGGCUUUGUUUUAGGAUAUUGGAAGAUGUGCAGACGAACCUUGAACAGAAGAACAUGUUUGUGUCUCUGUAAGCAGAUCAACAUUCUGUACUGAUCUCAGUGACAUGACAUGGACUUCUUAGGCGUUAUCCUCUGAUGAACAUGAACAAGAACAAACUUAUUACAAAGUAAAAAUGAGUCAUUUCCCUCACAAUAAUACUGCUCCUCUUGCACUUCUUAAUAAGUACUCUCUUUACUUAUUCAUUGCUCGAACCGGACUCUUUCCGUUAGCAAAUAUUUUUACUGAUGAACAUGAACAAGAACAAACUUAUUACAAAGUUAAAAUGAGUCAUUUCCUUCACAAUAGCCAGGGAAGAAUUGAUUAUUUUUAGAAGAGGUUCAGUUGUUUCUGGUAGUACCUGUUGGAAGAAAUGUGCAGGUAAGGGAUCUACUACACAGGUUGCUAAAGUAUUAAAUAAGAAUUUAGGAUCAUUUUUGUUACCUUCUAUUACGGUGGAGAAUUAUGUUGAUCUAGCAGCACUAAGGGCCUUUCUAUAGAUCAGGAGGCUCUCCUUUCAUGCAGUUUGGAAUACUGCCAAUUUAGUUUGACGGCAUUUACGUGCUAAUUUUCGAGUUGCCUGUUUUAAUGCACGUGUGAUUGUUAUACCAGGGUGCUAGAUAUUUUUGUCUCCCAACAGAAAACUUCACCAUUCAACUGUCUCAAGCUGUAAUGUGCCAUAUACGCUAGUGUGCUGUGUGAGUUCCUAUGACACCCUCCUGCUUUUCCAAAGCCGUGUCAGGGAGGGUGAGAAAUUUCUAGCCGAGAGUCACCAAGACACUUUACUUUGAAUAACAAAGUGGUUUCCCUGUGUGAUGUGCUUGGUGUCCACGAUCAUCUGGAUACAGUAUAUUGAAUUUUGCAUGUCAAACCCUUUUCUUUUCACCUCACUUAAUUCCUGUCUAAUUCUGAAUUCGAAAUUAUGUGUAAUACAGAUUCUGUAAUUCAGCUCCAGAUUUGGGCCUUUUCAAGCGAUUGUAUGUUGCUUAAAAUUCAAGCACCCUCAGGGUAAAUGCCUUCCCGUGUCCCUGUGUAAACCCCCAGUUUCACAAAACGAGUCGUAAAGAAGUUCCUGAUUUGUUAGUAUGCCCGGGCUCUGUUGUAAUCAUUGUAAUUUAUCCUAGGACUGUUGCAGAUCUUUUUUUUCUCUGAAGCGUUUACUUUGUGGUAGCUUCCAGAUAUAAAAGAAUGAGAGCCAGAAAGAAAAGAAAAUUUACAGUGAUGCAAGUAACUGCAGUAUUUCUGUAUCUGGUAUAGUUUGCAUGCACGGUAUAUAUAUAUAUAUAUAUAUAUAUAUAUAAUAGUUUGUGUGUUUAUUAAAAUUCUUGCAGGCCCAAAGCAAGCACCUCCUACUCGCUCCUUUCACUGAAACAGAGACAACAGAAUCCUGUCCAGGGGGAGGACACUACAGGUCACUAUUCAUUCUUCUUAUUUACACAAAUUAGGUAAAGUCUUACAAACAUAUAUGCAGUAGGCAGAUGUAGAGGGUGUCCUGUUUUUAUUUUUAUUUUUUAAAGUGUAUUUAUUUUUAUUUAUUAUUGUGUUAUUCUGCUUAUACCACAGCGAUUUGGCAUCACAUCAUUAUUAUUCGUAAUUUAAUCAUAAUUAAAGAUUAUAGCUGGUUGUGCAAAGUCCACAAGACAUGUUAGUUCCUGUAAUCACUUACAUUAUAACGAUAUCUAAACCUUAUCUCUAUCAUUUAGCAAAUAAUAACCAAGCUAUUAUAACUUCUUAUACCAUUGAAUUCUCAAACUGGAUUGCCCAGGAAGUAAGUGUGCAUUAUUUCCGUGUAAAAGCACGACUUAGACAGUACCGAUAGUAACAGCUCAUCCAAAGGGAUUUGUGUGGCAGAUGCUGACAUAAUCUCAGAUUAUGAAUAAUGAAGACAAUAAUGAAAUAUUGGACCACUGUAUCUCAGACUUUUGUGUGUGUGUGUGUGUGUGUGUGUGUGUGUGUGUGUAGAGUUCAGGAACAGGUCUAGUUCUCUCUCGCGCAUGGAUAGACACAGUCCUGGAUCCCGGCUGGCCUGGAUGGAGAGAAAACAAAGACCAAUUUCUCAGUUGGAGUUGGAGUGGGAGCGUGUGGGUAGUGACAACAUCAGCUUAACACGCUCCAUCAGCAAAGACAGUUUAGCUUCCAAUGUCAUCUGUGUAACUCCUCGACACCAUGUCAAUGGUCAGCCUUCCCCAGAAACAGCACACAACAAUGACAGUGAGGUAAAGGAUGAGGUGCUUGUGGCCAUUAUAGGACCCAGGGGAAUGGCUGGGUUCAAAGAGCCCCAGCCAGAGAGCUUCUUCCUGGAGCCACUGCAGCCGGCUGUCUUACGACCUAAUAAGGAGAAAAUCAAAGUGGUCAGUAAACGAGAAGAAAGUGGCGAGGGGCAAAUCCAGAGACGAGGAGGGGGACACUCGCCUGUUGACCACACAAUAAUAAACCAAAGUUUCAUGACCGUUGACACUGUGGAACCAGAAAACAUCAACUCUGUGCAACCUGGUGGUUUCUUCCUACAUGGAAACUGUGAGCUUCCGAGACAUGGAAAAGAUGAGUGGGUAGGUGGAGCCUCAGAGUCAGAGAUUGAGGAUGAAGAAGGGGAAGAUGAUCUAGAAGAGAAAGUGCUUGAAAGCACUCUAACGUGUCAAGGUGAAAAGUUAAAGUGCCGAGGUCACCGACAAGAAGAAGCUGAGUCGGCAAAGUUGUGUGAGGAUGUGCGAGUGUGUGAGCACGACAAAGAUGACAAAGAUGGCACCAGUGAACAUUGUAGCCCGUGUCCAAGCUCACUUUCGCAGGCUAGCAGCGUCUCUAGCCGUAUGACUAGCUUUGCAGAGCGAAGAUUGCACCGCACCACUGUGCAUGAUGGUUACAGCAGUGCUAGCAGCUCACAUGCUACCACUCCUGAUGGCUCCGAGAGUGGCACCUUGAGUCCCGACAUAAAAGGAGGCGUGGCCUCGGACCUUGUCCACCUGCGACUGCAGCUAGAGGAUAAGCGUCGUGCCAUUGAGGCUCAGAAGAAGAAGAUGGAGGUGCUGGCAGCACGGCAGAGGCUUCAGCUGGGUAAAGCAGCUUUCCUUAAUGUGGUUAAGAAGGGGCGCAUCGAUACACUGCCACAUCUUGCCAAACAGGAAUUAGUGGCAAUGAACGAGAAAGAACUGACAAAGGAUGACACAUGCAUGGAGGUGUUGAAGGCUAAGAGCAAGGAAACUAAGGAAAACCUGGAUAAAGAGUCAAGAAAACUGUGGGAGGAUUCAGUUUCACCUGCAGCCGCUUCUGGAUUAGAGAGGGAUAAUCGCAUGGGUGAAGGGGCGGAUGUGGAGGAAGUGGGUGAAGACUUAGAUCUGAGUGAUUGUAGCCGCUCAAUUGAGCUCUUGAAUGACGCGAUUGGUGUAAUCCAGCAGCAGAUGAUGCAGCUGUCUGUCCAACAGGAGCUGCUCAUGAAACAAACCCUGAAGUCUCCAUCACAGGAAUACAUGAUGAAACCUCAGUCUCCUGAGGCUAAGCCCCGAGCGUCUAUGCAGUUCUUAGAGAUGUCCACUGCGACGCGACGACCUCCCAAGUUAAGUUCGUCUCGUAGCACUCGAACCAAACCUUUAGAGCUUAAGCUUAGCAAGGAGAACAGCACUCGAGCAAGUUCAAAAGUCAGUGCCCGGACACCCACUACUGAUUCCAGAACACCUACGGACUGCAGGACGCCCCGAGCAGAGAACGACGAAGAGGAUGUGGCCAAGGCAACCGGACGCGACCCUGGCAGAGGCGUGGUACGAAAUACCACAUUCCGUCUCCAUGAUUCUGGGAACCAAAAGUCUGAGGCUCCAGAGUUGCCCAAACUAGAAUCGCCAGCAGUGGAAGAGCAAAGUGUGUCUGGAAAGGAAACCAUUGUGGAUCAGUGUGAAGAGAAGAAAGCCCAGCUGAUCGAGGUGGCCCUGUCUGACCUGGCUGACGCACCUGACUCUGGCGAGCAAAAAUCAGGACUAGGAUUUUUCUUCAAGGAUGAUCAGAAGGCAGCGGAUGAGCUGGCUAAGAAGCGUGCUGCAUUCCUGCUGAAGCAACAGAAGAAGGCAGAGGAGGCACGUCUGCGCAAGCAGCAGUUGGAGGCGGAGUCAGAAUUCAAACGAGAUGAGGCCAGGCGUAAGGCAGAGGAGGAGCGCAUGCGUAAGGAGGAGGAAAAGGCACGAAGGGAUCUCAUCAAGCAGGAAUAUCUGCGCAGAAAACAACAAGAACUGAUGGAAGAACAGGGAGUGGCCAAGCCCCGCCCACACCGCAGGAGGCCCCGCCCCAAAUCAGUCCAUCGCGGCCAAUCCGGCACCACCACCCGUAUGACAGUUUGGCCUCUCCGCUGUAUAUGAUACACAAUUUACAAAAUGGAAAAUGAUGUGCUUGACCAAUUGUACAGUGUGAUUAACAGGUUUUUGAUAACAUUUUCAUAAUUCUCUCUCUCUCUCUCUCUCUCUCACU